UUUGAUGUUGUCAGCAGCAACGACAAUCACUACCCAAUAAGGCUAGCCCCACAAUCUUAUCCCGUGACCACGCGACACUCCUCCCGCGCGUCAUGCCGCGACCAGGACGAUGAUGAGCAACUUCAGGGUCGGGUCGCGAAAGAGUCUCCUCACCACCACGCAACCGGAAUGAUCAGACAGUACUUCCAACGAACCAAGACGACGGUUACAGAUGCUGCUGCCGCGAAUCCUCCUCCUACGAAACGUCGCCGAUUGAACGAUUCCUCAGGCCCCGGCCUUCCCAAUCCUGCAACUGAAUCGCGCGAUGGUGAGACAGCUGCAGAGUCGAAUGGUGGGGAUGGAGAGGCGGAAGCAACCGGGCAAGAAGACGGAGGAGUGGAAGGAGAGGAAGAGGAGGAGGUGAUAGCGGCUAAGAAGACGGACUUGGAAAGCGCAUUACCUGCCGUAGCGAGGACGGAUCGGGAGGCCAUCGAGGAGUAUGAAGCGUUUAAGGCGUCGCAGAGCGACGCCAAUGACGGUUUCAACGACAAAGAAGGCCGGAAUGGUGGCAGCAACACCGAAACCAGGUUACAGGACAGAAAGUGGGUUCCCGGCAAGAGCUCGAUAUACGUUGAUGCGUUCAAUCUGGCGCUGGAUACGGUGUUGGAGGAGGAGAGCCAUUUGUUCGAUCAGGCGGAACGGGAGGUGUUUGCCGUGUGGAUGGGGUUGGGAUACGAGGCACAGUAUUUAUAUGUACGGCUCUUCCUGCGAAAGACGGCGGCGUGGCAUCGCAUUCGCAACUUGGGGUACCAUGGCGACAUCGCGGACAUGGAAGCCGCGGUGGAGACUUUGCAGCGGAGGCGAGAAUUGCCUAGCAUGUCUACAGGCGCGGAUAUUCACCCGGGGGAGACGGAGGUUCCUGCUGAGACGACGCUGGGGCAGACUUUCACGUUUGCGGAUCGGUCGGAGGAGGAGAUUACGACGCUGGAGGAGGCGUCGUCGCUGCUGAGAUUGGAUGAGCUCAAGGCGCUGGCCAAGGACGCGAAGGUGCAGGGAAAGAACAAGAAGGAAUUGCUGAAGGCGUUGAGAAGGGCGAGUCAGAGGCAGGUGGGGUUAGGCUUCGUGGGGUUGAAGAGGUCGGAUACGGAGUCUUCAAGGCGAUCCUCUGCGUCGGGAAUGGAUGUAGGGACUACGACUGAGGUCGACGACAGCUGGGAUACUGCGUCUGAAGCGAAUCGAGAUGGCCAUUUCCUCCGCAAGAUCAUGGCCGAGACGGGACCAUGUAUACGGCUGUCUGCGGCGCCCUUCAAGCUCUUCGAACGGGUCCACCUGGUCUUCUACCGGUCUACAGAAUGGACUGAGAAGUCCCUGACGACCAUCAUACUGGCGAAGAUAGCGCGGAGGAAUUUCCCAGAAUACAUCGUCUCCCGCUCCGCGAAUAUAUUCUCAUCGCGCUCCUCGCUUUUGGAAUUUGAAGCCGCCAUUCGGACCCAGCACCGCGUCGACAGUAUCCUUGAGUUCAAUGGCCGGCCUACGGAGCAGGGAUAUCAAGAGGUCAUUGAUAUCUUCGAGGCAGUGUAUCCGCGCUGGCAUGCCCUCGUACAGGAGGAACAACGCAAAGAAGAAACAGUGUACCACAGCGGCGAAGGCGCCUAUCUCCGCAGGUUGUCGCCCGCCUGGGUCUAUACACGCAUCAUACAUAAAGCGGCUUCUGUGCUCGCGAGACGCAAAGACCAUCUCCGCGAGCAUGAACUGCUCACUGAACUUCUGCGCCAGAGGCUCUUCCACCACUCGCGGCGGGGCGCAUGGUAUCAGCGCAAAGCGCUGCUCGAAGAACACUACAUGGCCGCCUUGUGCACGGCAUCUACCCCGACAUCCCCUUCCAGAUCCAUCGCAAGGAAACAUCACGCCCAAAGUCUGGAAGCGGCAAAGAAGCACUGGAAAUGCGUCGCGCUGCAGACAUGCGAGACGGGACUCCAAGACAACCUCGUGCACCUUAUCCACCACUACGACCUACAAAAACGCAUCACCAAGCUCGAGAAAGCCCUCCGCAUCCCCAAACGCCUGCAACACGACUUCAACCAUGUCCCCCUCUCCAAACCCGUCACCGUUACGGUCCGCGGCAUCCGCCUAGAACGAAGCGAUCCUCCUCCUCCUCCCGCCGCGUCCCGCAACGCAGGUAUUUCACCUCUCACCCACUCCAACUCGACCAAAACCAUCUGGCUCGACCCCGCCGACCCCGAACUCAAGACCACCUGCACCGUCGAGGAAAUGUGCCUCUCGCACUACCGCAGCCAAGGCUGGAAGGGCUACCACUCGGAAUCCGGCAUCCUGCGCACCCUCUUCGCCUACCUCUUCCACGACAUCCUCUUCACCUACGUGCCCAACGUGUUCCAGACGCCGUACCAGACGUGUCCCCUGGACUUGCACACGGAUGCCUUCUACCCCACCCGCAUCUCCGAGAUCAACGCGAGGUUGAACGAGACCUCGAAUGGGGCUGCGCCACAGAUUGUGAGGAGAGUGUGGGAAAGGGAACACGAACGGAGGACGUGUAUUGUGGGAUUGGAUUGGGGGUUUGAGAUCCGGGAUUUGGACGAGGUGGUACGGUGUUGGGAGGGAGGCGCGUUGGCGACCGUGUGUAAGGUCCUGGCGCAGGAGUACGGGGAGAGAGGGGGUGGGGUGCCGGAUUUGUUCUUGUGGAGGGUGCGGGAGCAGGAGGGGUUCCAGGGAGAGGGAGGAGGAGGCAAGAAGGGGGAGGUUAUGUUUGCGGAGGUCAAGAGCGAGAACGAUAGGUUGAGUGAUACCCAAAGGCUUUGGAUCCAUGUGCUGACAGGGGCGGGAGUGAGGGUGGAAUUGUGCCAUGCUGUGGCCGACGAAGUAAGAGUCAUUCCAUGAUACGGCAAAUACAAACAUAACGUCGUCACUGUUACAAUGGCCGCCAUGGUCUCGUGCUCAAUACGAUCGAAAUGAG